AUGGAUCGGUGGUACAAUCACAUAUGUGGCGUUUACUGCCUUGUGCCGGCACCUGGCCACUUCGCGCCAUCUCGCCAGUACCUGCCACAGCUGACCCUCUCGGCCCACACCAAGAUCGUCUCCUCGGCCAGCCGGACCACUCUCACCCAGACCUUUCUGAACCCCAAGCCGGAGCCGAUCCCCGAGCUCAGGUACACGUUCCCUCUGCGCGAUGGCGUGUCCGUCGUCGGCUUUGUCUGCACCAUCAAUGGCGACCGCAUCAUCCGUGGCGUCGUCAAGGAGCGUGAGGAGGCAAAGCGCACUUUCCAGGCUGCUGUCGACCGUGGCGAGACUGCCGGUCUCCUGGAGCAGCUGCCCGAGGCGAGCGACGUUUUCACCACCACGGUUGGCAACGUCCCAGCGAAGGCGACCAUCAAAAUCGACAUCACGUACCUCGAGGAGCUCAGGCACGACGCCGAGCUCGACGGGGUCCGCUUUACCAUCCCUACUCACAUCGCUCCGCGAUACGGCAGUUACCCUGGUCAACUGCUGCGGUCCAGUGACGUCGACAGCAGCGCCGGAAUCCGCAUUGUCGUGGACGUCGAGAUGCCAAACGGCUCCAACAUCAAGAGCGUCCAGUCGCCCUCACACCCCAUCGCUGUCACGUUGGGCAACACUUCCACCGGAGCCUCGAGCGGUGCCGACAUGUCUCUCCAGAAGGCAUCGGCGACUCUGGCGCUAAACACCAUGGAGUUGGACAAAGACUUCGUUCUCCUAGUUGCGGCAAACACCGGCAACCCGAGUGCGGUGCUCGAGACUCACCCGACCAUUCCCAACCACCGAGCAUUGAUGGCCACGCUUGUGCCAAAGUUCUCCCUCCCUUCCAGUCGGCCAGAAAUCGUCUUUCUCUGCGACCGCUCUGGAUCCAUGGGCCAAGGCAACAAGAUCCCCAACCUCAAGUCUGCCCUGCAUCUCUUUUUAAAGAGUCUGCCCGUCGGCGUCAAAUUGAAUAUUUGCUCCUUCGGUACGAGCCACGAGUUUCUGUUUCCCGACGGCUCGCGGCCCUAUGACGCGUUCACCCUCGAAGAGGCCACUCGCUACGUAAACACGUUCGCCGCGAACUUCGGCGGCACCGAGAUUCUCCGCUCACUGAAGGACGUGUUCGGUAAACGCUACCGCGACAUGGACCUGGAGGUCUUCCUGCUCACCGACGGCGACGUCUGGAAUCAGAACGCCGUGUUCCGCUUGGUGAACGAGCAGGUCGCCGAGAGCAAGGGCACGAUUCGCGUGUUCAGCCUGGGCAUCGGCGGAGACGCCAGCCAUGCGCUGGUUGAGGGCGUCGCGGCUGCGGGCAACGGCUUCGCUCAAUUCGUGGGAGAGCACGAGAACAUGAACAGCAAGGUGGUGCGGAUGCUGAAGGCCGCGCUGACGCCCCAUGUUUCCGACUACACAUUGGAGAUCAAGUACGGCAAAGAACCGGAGGUCGAUACGAACGCCAGCACCGGCAGCAGCGACGAUGACUUUGAGAUUGUUGAAAAAGCCAUGGAUGCGCUGGCCCUUGACGUGCAGAAUCCUGGCCAGACUCCUGAGCAGAAGGAGGCGCCGCCCAAAAAGCCAAUUUCCCUAUUUGACGAAAACGUCGACCUGGACAUGGAGAUGGCCGAUGCGUCCGCCGCAGCCGGGGGCAGGUACUCCCACGUCCCGCCGGUGCCCGAGCCGAAGCUGUUGCAGGCGCCCUUCGUCAUCCCGGCGCUCUAUCCGUUCAGCCGCACCACCGUGUAUCUGCUCCUCUCCCCCGAUACGGCUCAAAAGCAGCCCAAGUCGGUCGUCCUCCGCGGCACGUCGCUCCACGGACCACUGGAGCUUGAGAUCCCCGUGACGGUGCUCUCCGAGAGGGGCGAGACAAUUCAUCAGCUGGCCGCCCGCAAGGCCGUGAAGGAGCUGGAGGAGGGCCGCGGCUGGAUUUACCACGCCAGGGACGCAACCCAGAGCCCCAGCCCACUGCUCAAGGACAGGUAUCCCGGCCUCUUUUCCGAUAUGGUGGAGCGUGAGGCCGUCAGGCUGGGCGUUACCUAUCAGGUCGGCGGAAAGUGGUGCAGCUUUGUCGCGAUUGACCCGAACGACGAGGGCGCUACGAAAACUCCUAUCUCCUCUGGCUUUCAGUUUGAGAAAGACAGCAGAAUCCCUCCUGGUUGUAAGUCCCUGCAGCCCGGUGCUCCACGCUCCCCUGAUGUCGCGCCCUGCCACGAUAUUAACAGCACUCCAGCCUCCUCGGCUCCCUUCCAGCACGGCAUCCAGCAAUGUAAGUCUCCCCGACUUCAACCUGCCGCCCGGUACCGUAGCCAGCUGAAACCGCUGACUCUUUCUCUCCCAGCCGUUCCGACGAGCUCGCUCUUUGGCGGCGCCCCGCAGGUUCUCGCUCAACAACCACAACAGCCAACCACCGCCAGCUCCAGCGCCAGCGCCAGCGCCAGUGAAGGCGACAAGCUAGCGCAGCUCGUGGCGCUGCAGACCUUCACCGGCGCGUGGCGGUGGGACGAGGGGCUGCUAGAGCUGCUGGGGUUCCAGCGGCCCAAGUUUGUGGCCGCGCGCGCGGCGGCGGCGGACCUGGUCGGCGCGUCGGACCGGCUGGCCACCGCCCUGGUGCUGGCCUUCCUGGAGCUGCGGCUGGCCGACCGGCGCGACGAGUGGGAGAUGCUCGCCGACAAGGCGCGCGAGUGGCUGGACGAGGACCUGCGGAAUGGCGGGGUUUUCACCCUGGAGGUGUACUGUGAGAAGGCGAGGACCUUGCUCUUGUGCGGGGAUGGGUCGAUGUUGAAGUAG